CUUCUUCCUUUAUUUCUAACAGGUUGACUUUUAUCUUUGUGGCUUAUCAUAGAAUAUAAAAAAAAUUGUUAAAACUUGACCAAAGAGUGUAUGAUUUACCCCGCCAAGCGGUUCUGCUUGGUGCCAGCAAUGGAGGGUGUGCGCUGGGCCUUUUCCUGCGGCACUUGGCUGCCGAGCCGAGCCGAAUGGCUGCUGGCGGUGCGAUCGAUCCAGCCCGAGGAGAAGGAGCGCAUUGGCCAGUUCGUCUUUGCCCGGGACGCUAAGGCAGCCAUGGCUGGUCGUCUGAUGAUAAGGAAAUUAGUUGCAGAGAAAUUGAAUAUCCCUUGGAAUAACAUUCGUUUGCAAAGAACUGCAAAAGGAAAACCAGUUCUUGCAAAGGACUCAUUGAAUCCUUAUCCCAAUUUCAACUUUAACAUCUCUCAUCAAGGAGACUAUGCUGUACUUGCUGCUGAACCUGAACUACAAGUUGGAAUUGAUAUAAUGAAGACUAGUUUUCCAGGUCGUGGUUCAAUUCCAGAGUUCUUUCAUAUUAUGAAAAGAAAGUUUACCAACAAAGAAUGGGAAACAAUCAGAAGCUUUAAGGACGAAUGGACUCAGCUGGAUAUGUUUUAUAGGAAUUGGGCACUGAAAGAAAGCUUCAUAAAAGCCAUUGGCGUUGGACUAGGAUUUGAAUUACAGCGGCUUGAAUUUGAUAUAUCACCAUUAAACCUGGAUAUAGGCCAAGUUUAUAAAGAAACACGCUUGUUCCUGGAUGGGGAGGAAGAAAAAGAAUGGGCAUUUGAGGAAAGCAAAAUAGAUGAGCACCAUUUUGUUGCAGUAGCUCUUAGGAAGCCCGAUGGAUCUAGACAUCAGGAUGUUCCAUCUCAAGAUGAUUCUAAACCGACCCAAAGGCAGUUUACUAUUCUGACCUUUAAUGAUUUAAUAGCAUCUGCUGUUCCUAUGACACCUGAAGAUCCUUCAUUUUGGGACUGUUUUUGCUUCACGGAAGAAAUUCCAAUGAGAAAUGGUACAAAGUCAUGAUAUGGUUCCUUAAGUAAGGAAAAUGAAAACUGUUUGUAAUUUCCCAUUUUCACUGAAAAAUAAAUGCUCGAUAGUAUCAAAUUUUAUUUCACAAAACAGUAAAAAAAAAAAAA